AGCCGCAGCUGGGACUCAGGCCUCUGUUAACCAUGAACUCUUCCUGUUGCCUGUUCUCUGCUUAUCCGAUGCUGCCUAACCUCUCAGAGCACCCUGCAGCCCCUUCUGCCAGCAACCGGAGCGGUAGCGGGUUCUGCGAGCAGGUCUUCAUCAAGCCAGAGGUCUUCCUGGCACUGGGCAUUGUCAGCCUGAUGGAGAACAUCCUGGUGAUCCUGGCUGUGGUCAGGAAUGGCAACCUGCACUCGCCCAUGUACUUCUUUCUCUGCAGCCUGGCUGCAGCCGACAUGCUGGUGAGUGUGUCCAACUCCCUGGAGACCAUCAUGAUCGCCAUUAUCAACAGCGACUCCCUGACCUUGGAGGACCAGUUCAUCCAGCACAUGGAUAACAUCUUCGACUCUAUGAUCUGCAUCUCCCUGGUGGCCUCCAUCUGCAACCUCCUGGCCAUCGCCGUGGACAGGUAUGUCACCAUCUUCUAUGCCCUUCGUUACCACAGCAUCAUGACCGUGAGGAAGGCCCUCACCCUGAUCGUGGCCAUCUGGGUCUGCUGUGGCAUCUGCGGUGUGAUGUUCAUCAUCUACUCCGAGAGCAAGAUGGUCAUCGUGUGCCUCAUUACUAUGUUCUUCGCCAUGGUGCUCCUCAUGGGCACCCUGUACAUCCACAUGUUCCUCUUUGCCAGGCUCCACGUCCAGCGCAUUGCUGCACUGCCGCCAGCUCAUGGGGUGGCCCCGCAGCAGCACUCGUGCAUGAAGGGGGCUGUCACCAUCACCAUCCUGCUGGGGGUGUUCAUCUUCUGCUGGGCACCUUUCUUCCUCCACCUGGUUCUCAUCAUCACCUGCCCCACCAACCCUUACUGCAUCUGCUACACGGCCCAUUUCAACACCUACCUGGUCCUCAUCAUGUGCAACUCUGUCAUCGACCCCCUCAUCUACGCCUUCCGCAGCCUGGAGCUGCGCAAAACAUUCAAGGAGAUUCUCUGCGGCUGCAAUGGCAUGAACUUGGGCUAGGGUACCAGCGGAGGUGCUCCAUGUCUAGCCAAGGGGCUUAGAGACAAAAAACAACAGUCAGAAGGGACAUACAGAAUGUCGACAGCUGUGACUGUGUUUGGCUUCAUCUGUAAGCUGGUGGCCCUUGGCAAAGGGAAGAUGACAGAGUAUAGGCUGUCUGUGAAGAUCUACGCAUGGGUAAGUCAGGGUCUGAUCUCCCACAUGGUCCCUGGAAGAAACAGCGAAGGCUGCCCUGGGUGUCGUCUGUGUUCACUGCUGGGCACCCAGGGUUCUUGAUUCCUGCCUGCUCCUCUGCUUUGUGCCAGUAACUGUGCUCCAAGCCAGCCAUCCAAGAGGGCUCUUGUGACCAGAACGCGUGCUCAGAUCUCUGGCAAGCAAACCUGCUCAGAGCUACCACCUUCAGCUGUCUGCUACAUGGAGAGCUUUGCACGCAUUCUGAGAGAGACUGCGUUUCCAUUCAUGUAGUUACCACUGUAAAAACGAUCUGAUGCUCAUUUCUCCCUUCCAGGACUCACAUUCAUGCCAGCCUCCCCCUCCCCCUGCAAAAAUAGCAUGGACACACGACUCCCUUCUUUCUGCGCUAUUGUCAGGGUUGUGAUUAUUGUUGGGGUUUCAUUCAUUAAAUCCGAGUUUCAAAACCUAGUAAAUCAAAGUGCUAUGGCCAGUGAGAGGUCCUUGCUGCAUCCUUGGACUUUGCUGCCUGAUCAUAUCAAGGUAGAUGCUACUCAGAAAAAAAAGGGGGGGAUCUCUACUAUUGCUUGUCUGCUUGCAGGAGGGUGAGCAUUUCAUUACAAACCGCUUUGCUGUCAUUGAUGAUGGCUCGAGCAGUUGGGUCUGCUUCCAGAUCCCUUCCUUCCUUCCUUCCUCCCAAGCUCGUUUCCCCCUCCUGGUAACUAUACGUCCAUCAAGUAGUUAUUUAAACUAUCCAUGGGAGAGGUUGUGUUUCAUCCCUUUUUGCCCGCGAUAAGUUCAGCUAGUGCCUCCCCCUCUGUUUGUGGUUUCCUCCUCUCCAAUACACAGGGUGGAGGGAUGUGCUUGAACUGCUCCUGCUAACAUGAUAGUACGCAUCGUUUGUUCCUCGCUUUGAUUGUGAUGCUCAGAGAUAAU